UCGCUGCGGCUCCUAACAAAAUGAUGAGCAACACAUGCCAUUCAUCCUCGGAACAGAGAGCACGUGCUGCCUUUGAUAAAGAGGAGGCUGCUGAUAAAUCACGUGACAGGCGCGUAACUGACGUCAAGUUGGAGGCUCGUGUUCGUGUUCACCAGCUGAUAACCUGCAAGCUGCUAAUUGAGUCGUUUCGCAAGUUUGAGAACAGGAAGCCGGUUCUGUGAUGCUCAACAAGCAGGUUGUGUGUCGUCGGAGAGAGAGAGAGACCUCAUUUUUGACUGCCCCCACCAGCAACACCUCCACCUCCCAGUCAGCCUGUUUUUUUUAAGCAAGGGGAGGAGUUACCGGGCUGGCAGUGACCAUGGAGCAGUGAUGUGGGGGGUUCGAMGACCAAGGUGAUGCAACUUAAGCGGUGUUAAUUGACGCGAAAAGAAGAGGUAAACUCCAGCUGGGAGUCACUCGAGGGCACCUCCGCGUUCAAACAGCGACUCCUCUCUCACGAGGAACAACGAGGCGCUUAGAAAAGUUUCUGGAUUAGGGCAGAAUUAACACAAAGCACGGACGCCACUCCAGCUACACUUGCAAACGACACAGACGAAGGGGGGGACCGUGACAGAGAGCCUGACGUGACGGGGUGAAGGCACUCGAGCGAACCUCAGGCACCUCACAAAACUUCCAACUCUGAUAAGUGAGAGACGGACGGGUCCCAUCUAGACUGAGUGAGAAGGCAGCAUAGAGGCAGAGGAUCUUUGCCGCCAGGGUCCUGAAGGAUGGAGGAAAAGCAGUUUGCUGGGAUCCUGAAUGGAGCAGUUCCAGGAGAGCCAGUGAAGAAGGAUGAAAACACUCGGAGAGGCAACUGGGGCAACCAGAUAGAGUUUGUUCUCACAAGUGUGGGCUACGCAGUGGGCCUGGGCAACGUGUGGAGGUUCCCCUACCUCUGCUACAGAAAUGGAGGAGGUGCCUUCAUGCUUCCAUACUUUAUCAUGUUGGUGUUCUGCGGCAUUCCUCUCUUCUUCCUGGAGCUUUCCUUUGGUCAGUUUGCCAGUCUGGGUUGUUUGGGUGUCUGGAAGAUCAGCCCUAUGUUUAAAGGCGUGGGCUACGGCAUGAUGGUGGUCUCUACCUACAUUGGGAUCUAUUACAACGUGGUCAUUUGCAUCGCUUUCUAUUACUUCUUUAUGUCCAUGACAAACCUGCUGCCAUGGACGUACUGCAACAAUCCCUGGAACACGCCCGACUGCAGCGGUGUGGUAGGCAGUGGUGCCCAGCUCAAUGGCAGCCUGGUGAACGUCACUAACAGUUUGAUCACGGAGGCUUAUGAGGGGAUCAAUCGUACCAAGAGGACCAGUCCCAGUGAGGAGUACUGGAAGCACUACGUGUUGAACAUCUCUGAUGAUAUUGGAAACUUUGGAGAGGUCCGUCUUCCUAUCCUGGGAUGCUUGGCCGUAUCCUGGUGUGUUGUCUUCCUCUGUCUCAUCAGGGGCGUUAAAUCAUCUGGAAAGGUGGUGUACUUCACAGCCACAUUCCCAUAUGUGGUGUUGACCAUUCUGUUCAUCCGUGGCAUCACCCUGGACGGAGCCAUAAAUGGCAUCAAAUACUACCUGACUCCACAGUGGCAGAAGGUCCUGGAUGCAAAGGUGUGGGGAGAUGCUGCCUCACAGAUCUUCUAUUCCCUGGGCUGUGCCUGGGGGGGUCUCAUCACCAUGGCUUCUUACAACAAGUUUCACAACAACUGUUUCAGGGACAGCAUUAUCAUCAGUAUAACAAACUGUGCGACAAGUGUGUACGCUGGCUUUGUGAUUUUCUCCAUUCUGGGCUUCAUGGCACACCACCUGAACGUUCCAGUGUCCGAGGUGGCGGACCAUGGCCCAGGACUAGCCUUUGUGGCUUACCCAGAAGCCCUCACUCUGCUGCCAAUCUCUCCACUCUGGUCGCUGCUGUUCUUCUUCAUGCUCAUCCUUCUGGGACUAGGAACUCAGUUCUGUCUGUUGGAGACGUUGGUGACGGCCAUCGUGGACGAGAUUGGCACUGACUGGAUUAUCAGGAACAAGACCGUCAUCACGCUGUCUGUUGCUAUAUUGGGUUUCCUGCUGGGGGUGCCCCUAACAACACAGGCAGGAAUCUAUUGGCUGCUGCUGAUGGACAACUAUGCAGCCAGUUUCUCUCUGGUCAUCAUCUCCUGCAUCAUGUGUAUCUGCAUCAUGUAUGUUUAUGGUCACAGGAACUAUUUUAAAGAUGUUGAGAUGAUGCUGGGCUUCCCUCCUCCUCUGUUCUUCAAAGUCUGCUGGAGAUUCAUCUCUCCCGUCAUUAUCUCGUUCAUCCUGAUCUUCACAGUGAUCCAGUACAAACCCAUCACUUACAACGACUACAUUUAUCCCGGCUGGUCCUUGGCUAUUGGUUUUGCCAUGGCUCUGUCCUCAGUCAUCUGCAUACCUGUCUACGGCCUGUACAAGAUUUCUAGGUCCCCAGGAGCUACCUUUAGAGAG